GUGCAGUGGCACGAUCUCAGCUCACUGCAACCUCUGCCUCCCGAGUUCAAGCAAUUUUCAGUAGAGACGGGGUUUCACCAUGUUGGUCAGGCUGAUCUCGAACUCCUGACCUCAGGUGAUCCCCCCACCUCAGCCUCCCAAAGUGCCAAGGUGGCUCACCCACAACGACUUACAGGGCCAUAUGCUUUAGUCAUAUGUUUACUCUCGGGCUUAAUAAUGACAGCAUGUGGCAGCCUCAACAUACCUCUCUUGUACUGA